CCUGGCAAUGCCGGGAGCUCUUGUGGGUGCAGCCAGUCCUAUAAACAUCAGGGGCGGCGUAGUAACCUGUCCGCCAUUAACAGCCACAGCAGCGCGCGUCCACCUCACGUAUCAUCUGUAGGGGGGCACUGAUUACUAGCAAGCCCGUGCUGCUGUUGCUGCUGCUGCACCUGCCCGACGCCGCAGCUGCCCUGUCGUCGUGCCUUGCUUUGCCUUCCCAGAGCAACAUAGCCGGCCAUGGACAUCUGGAAGUCCAAGGUGCUGCCCAAGAUCAAGCUCGUCUUCGUCAAGAGCGCCGGCAAGAAGGCCGCCGCCGCCGCCGAGCUCGUCAAGUCCUUCGACGAGUCCAAGGAGGGGAUCAAUGGCGAGUUCCAGGAGAAGAAGGCUGAUCUCCUGCCCAAGGUCGUCGAGAUCUACGAGUCUGCCCCUGCACCACUCAAGCUUCUGAUCAAGGAGAGGAGCAAGGUGUCCGGGAUCAAGAAGAACUCCGCCGCAAUCACCAAGUUCUUCGAGGAGCUGGCCAAGAUCGAAUUCCCUGGAGCCAAGCAAGUGAGCGACGGCAUCUCCAAGGUCGGCCCGGUCCUGCUGUCCGGCCCCAUCUUCUCCACCUUCGAGAAGGUCUCCACGCUGCUCCCUGUCGCCGCCGAGGAGGCGACCGCCACCAAGGAGGCACCGGCCGCCACUGAGGAGGCAGCCGCCGUUGAGGAGAAGAAAGAGGAAGCCGCCGCCGCCGCCGCCGAGAAGAAGGAAGAAGCGGAGCAGAAGAAAGAAGAGACGACGACGCCUGCACCGGCCGCCGCCGAGACUGCUCCUCCUGCUGAUGCAGCAGCAGCUGCCGCAGAGCCCACCGCGGAGGCGGCGCCGGCGGCCGAGGCAGCGCCAGAAGCUGAGGCCGCCGCUGCUCCUGCGGCAGCCGAGGCGGAGCCGGCGAAGGCCGAGGAGGAGACACCCAAGGCCUAGCUAGCUAGGGUUCUGCAUGCAGGUCCAUCGCAGCCCCUAGCUAGCUGCUCUACCGUGCUCGAUCUACAAUCACAUCACCAUCCAUUGUUCUUGCAUAUAUGCACACGAUGUGUUUUUGUUGCUCGAUCCGAUCCACAUGUUAUUGCUGUGCAAACCGGUUAGAUAUUUAUGUAUGUAUAUGUAAGCCUAUAAUUCUUUUUGCCAGUAUUUAUUCAUAUGCAGUGUGAGGAUACUCUAUGUAUAUUAUUGCCAGUUUUGGUUCAACUCAAUUAUUCUUUAAUUUGCUUCA